CGCGCUGCGUCCGGAUGCUAUAAAAGAGGCGCGCGGCGCCUGCCACUGUCAGCGAGCGGUCGGUGCUCGAUUGGUUUCGUCUGGAGAAACCAUGGCAGACCGAGAGGAUAGUGUUGCAAUUCCUGAAUUCAGCUUCCUUCUCCAAAUGGAUCCCUAUCUCAAACCGUACGAGAAGGACUUCAAGAGGAGGUAUGAGCUGCUACAGAAGCAGCUUUCACGCCUGGAAGAGGCAGAAGGGGGCUUUGACCAGUUCACAACCAGCUACGAGAACUUCGGCGUUCAUCGGCAGCCUGACAACAACAGCCUGCUUUUCCUGGAGUGGGCUCCUGCAGCUGAGGCCCUCUUCCUCACCGGUGACUUCAAUGACUGGGAGAAAUUCUCCCACCCCUACACCAAGAAAGCGUUUGGCAAGUGGGAACUGAUUCUACCAGCAAAGCACGACGGGACACCCGCCGUGGGCCAUAACACCAAGCUUAAGGUGGUAGUUCACACCAAGGAGGGUGGCCGGCUGUACCGAAUCUCUCCCUGGGCAAAAUAUGUGAACAGGGAGGAGAAGUCCGUCGUCUAUGACUGGGUUCACUGGGAUCCCCCUCAGCCCUAUACUCAAAUCCACCCUCGGCCCAAGAAGCCCACGAGCCUGAGAAUAUACGAGGCCCAUGUGGGCAUCGCCUCACCAGAGGGAAAGAUCGCCUCAUACACCAACUUCACCACCAACGUGCUGCCUCGUAUAAAAGACCUCGGUUACAACUGCAUUCAGCUGAUGGCAAUUAUGGAGCACGCCUACUAUGCAAGCUUUGGAUAUCAAGUUACAAGUUUCUUUGCUGCUUCCAGUCGGUACGGGACCCCCGAAGAACUGAAGCAGCUGAUCGAUGCGGCUCACUCGAUGGGCAUCGUGGUGCUGCUGGACGUUGUUCACAGCCACGCCUCCAAGAACACCGAGGACGGCCUGAACUGCUUCGAUGGCUCCGACUCGUGUUUCUUCCACUCUCCACCCAGAGGGGAGCACAAGCUGUGGGGCAGCCGCCUCUUCAACUACUCCAGCUGGGAGGUGCAGCGGUUCCUACUGUCAAACCUGCGCUGGUGGAUGGAGGAGUACUGCUUUGACGGGUUCCGGUUCGAUGGCAUUACAUCCAUGCUGUACCAUCACCAUGGCAUCGGCAGUGGCUUCUCGGGAGACUACAGUGAGUACUUUGGCCUGCAGGUGGACGAGGACUCUUUGGUCUACCUAAUGCUUGCCAAUCACAUCCUCCACACCCUUUAUCCUGACUGCAUCACUGUGGCAGAGGAUGUAUCUGGGAUGCCUGCUCUCUGCAGAGGAGUGGAGGAAGGAGGGCUUGGGUUUGAUUACAGACUGGCUAUGGCCAUCCCCGACAAGUGGAUUCAGAUCCUGAAGGAGUCCAAGGAUGAGGACUGGGACAUGGGCGAUAUCGUACACACACUGACCAACAGGCGCUAUGGAGAGAAAUGCAUAGCAUAUGCAGAGAGCCAUGAUCAGGCUCUGGUCGGCGAUAAGAGUCUGGCCUUCUGGUUGAUGGACAAGGAGAUGUACACCAACAUGAGCUCCCUGAUUCCCAUGACCGCCGUUAUCGACCGCGGCAUGCAGCUGCACAAGAUGAUCCGCCUCCUCACUCACGGUCUGGGUGGAGAAGGCUACCUCAACUUUAUCGGGAAUGAGUUCGGCCAUCCUGAGUGGUUAGAUUUCCCUCGAGAGGGGAACAAUCAGAGUUACCACUACGCCCGGAGGCAGUUCAACCUGCUGGAAACGGAUCACCUUCGCUACCACCAGCUCUACGCCUUUGACCGGGACAUGAACCGCACCGAAGACAAGUACGGCUGGCUGGCUGCCCCACCUGUAAGGACAAUGAGCACCAUGUGCACACACUCUCAAUGCUUCUUACGUCCCAGAUCCUAUAAUCUAGUUCUCCGCUGCUAUUGUGCCUUAACGUCAAUCUUUGCCAGAUACAAAAUCAAGCUGGAUUCCGAUCAGGAUCUGUAUGGAGGUCACGGACGCCUGGACCACAACACAGAGUUCUACACGGAGCCGCAGCCCUUCAACGGUCGGCCCAACUCCAUGCAGGUCUACAUCCCCUGCAGAACGGCUAUUGUCCUGGCCAACGAGGAGAGAGAUUACUGUUAUUAGAGGAUGAUUGUCUCCACAGAGUCCAGCAUCGAGAAUGGAUUCCAACCUCAAACUGAGUGUUAACAAUCACCUUCAUCUUAAAGCGCCAACCUUGCGCACCACUCAAACCAGUCUUUUUCUAAAUGGGGGGGGGGGGGGCGCGCGCAAUUGUGAGCUUUUGUGAUUUUUAAACUCCAUCUGCAACCGUAGAUGCUGUGUAACCCCAUUAAGUACAGAUCGGUCCGUUUGGGAGGCGUCCAACCUAACCAGCAGCUAGAUGCUAGAACAUAAAACCCUGCCGAGUCCUUCCACCAGUAGCCAGCAGCCAUUUAAAGGCUCUGAUGAAUUUGGCGUGCCAUCUGAAACACACGACCGGCGACUGAGACCGAGGCAACGGAUUCAUCAAGCAUUCCAACAUGAUAAAAGCUCCGAGGAAAUGAAAACAUUUCAGAGUGUAAUGCAUGUUGAUAAACCGUUAACUUUAAUUAUUUUCUAAUUAAAUGACAGUGUCAAAGACGCAAGGAGAUUAACAGUAUCAUAAUUUACAUUGAGGUCCAUCCUGGUAUUUAAUCACUGGUGAUCAGUCUUUCAUAAUUUGCAUUUUGGGACUGUGUACGUAUAAAAAUACUGCAAUUUGCACAAAGUAAUAAGCUGCUUUGAAUUAUUAUACUUUUAAUCAACAGUUGUGUUGUAAUGUUUGAAUUAAGGCAGCUAUUGGGAGCUGUUAUGCGGUUAUUUAUGGCCCUGUUAUUUAGCCAGUCAUUUGCAGCUAAAGCAAAGUGAUAAAAUCAUCUAAUUGGGGUUGUUCGUGCUGUGUUGCAUAAUGCAAAAGUUACGUUGUGUUUUUUUUUUGUUUUCCACUUAACUCAAAGUAAAUCGUGGUUUUCUUCAAUAGUAGAUCCCAUAAGAGUAGUUUGUCAUGUGUUCCCCUAAAUUCCUCUUAGUGUGCUGAAAUAAGUUGGUACUGAUUACAAACACAUCAUUUUUGUGGGUUUUACGAGUGUGACUCACACACCAGACUAGAAUUAGAAGAAUUGAUUAGAAGCCGAAGCGCUCCUUUGGGAUGCGGAAGGAAACAGACGAAGCCUAAAUUCACGCAGGAUGACGAGUGCCUCUCCCGAUUAGCUCAGACUUUUGUCUCAUCCUGAUGAUUGAACAGCAGCUACACUUGUUCCCGUACUGCCAAUAGCUGAUGUGUAUGGAGAUAAUCGAUGAACUAAAACGGAUGAUAGGUGAUUGUUUUUGUGACGGCUGAACUCAAUGUGUCAUUAAAUUGGUCUCUCAUUAC